GAUGAAGUGAAGGAUGUUCAUGACAGUAGCGCCCAUUCGUGGAUGGUCAUUGAAGACCCACUGAAUAAAUCCACGGAAAAUUGAAUAUCCAACAUCGGAGCAGUUCGGUAAAGUAUUAAAAAAAACAUGGCGGAAGCGUAGAAUCUCUGCUGAAGCAGCGUUGCAGCCUUCUGUGCCCGCCGACGUUAUGUGAUAUUAGCUCACGAUCGCGACCUUCAUGUCGUAUUCCGCCCUUGCACGCAAAUCGAGCGUACACGGUGUUCACGGAACAUGGAGUAAACUCUUGAGGGUCGGCCUGACAUGUGGCAGUAUUCGGAUGGAGCAGGAACCCCCCAAGUGAUUUUACAACAGAAGGUAAGCCACAGAAAACUGCCCUAAUGUCAUCAUCACAGCAACUGACGUUCACCGGAAUAAAUCGACAGACAGAUUGUGGAAUGUAGAAGGAGCCAAAAGAGGGGUGCGUGGUUGUCUCCCCGUCGUUUUUACGCACUUCUGGUUUUUCCUUCGUGCCAUGGCGGCUCGCCCGGCCCACCGGUCAAUUUUUUUACUGUACCUUGACCCACUGUGCUGUUUCUUUUCCAUUCAUAUGGCCAUGAAAAAUAUUUAGUGAUCGCAACCCUGCACAGUAUUAGUAGCGGGUCAAUCAAACCUGUUUCGACUCAUCGAAGCUGGCAACGACGGCGCAACUACUGGAAAUGCAUGCAUUUUAGCUCACGAUCUGCCAUCGUCGUCAUGAACUGUAGCUCACCCCCAGAAACAUCACGAGCUCAUCGCCAUAGGCUAUAGCUGUCGUUUCGUUCCCUCCAAUCUACAUGGUUUCAUUGGCAAGCAACGGCGACUAAAACAUAUCGGGUGUGAACGUGAACGCCGCUUUACGUAAUCGACCCGCAGUCGAAAGAUUAGAUUAGAUUUCACACUCCAAGCCUCCACACAUCGUGACUAUAGUUACAGCCUUGUUGGGGUGAAAGCCUUUUGCAGAACACCUUCAAACCACAUUACUGUCCACAGCUAUCAAUAUAAUGGCCUCUGAAGAGGAAGUCAACCUCGUCGCAGCGCACGCUCCACACGAGAAAGCCAUCGAGGCCUUCAACCACGUCCUCCACACCAUCAAACACGACCUCAUCAAGACCCGGCACGAUUGGGACAAGCACGACCCCAGGACGUUCCUGCGCGUCAAAGACCUGAGCGAUGCCCAGCUCACGCACUUUAGCGUCGAAAACGACCUGAUCGAGAUACGUACCGGUGCAGUCAGCUAUGGGACGAUCAUCCUGGGAAAGAUCAGAAUCCCAGCUGUCAAUGAUGCUGAGGGCCAGGGCUUCGUUCAUGUCAGGAUACAUGAUCCCCCAAACAGGGGAGAAGAGGAUGUGACGUUCCACUCUCUUCACAUUGCAGAAGCUGGGUUAGAUGCGGAUGGUCACCCGCAUAUCUGGAAGGCCAUUCAGCGGGCUGACGAUCCACUCGCCUUCUUCAAUAUCUGAUCGGUUCGCAAUUUCGGAGUGCAGAUUCGGGGACCACGGUAGAAGGCGCGGAAGAUGCAUAUGAUGCGAUAUAGGAAUACGUGAAUACGAUAAGCUAGUAAAGACUGAUUGUACGAUAUAGCCACUCGACCUCGGCGGAUCUAUCUGGAAAAAAUCGCGUUAUCUGUCUAUUGACUGCAAUCUGUAAAUCACCGAGAGUUCAGAUAUCCUCCUACCUCCCCCCAAUCUCACAUCGCCAUCAUCUCACAUUAGGUCCACCAUCGUCAUGGCUCUAUGAGAUCCAGCCAUUGGCAACUCGCAACUAUCCAAUCUACGAAUCAUGAUCCAUAAUGUCCUGUCAUGAUGGGCGCCCAUCGGUUGUAUUGUGCUAAAUCCUAGUACUAGUACUGACAUACUAGCACUUGGCCAGCGUCUCCAAUGGACCACCCCAUUGACAGUUUACACAUCCUUCCAGAACCCAUCCACUCGAAACAUCAUGAUCCUUCGCUAAUAGCCACUACCAUCGACAACUUCCAUCCAUGCCAUCUUGCCAUCUUUUCCCCUCCCUUACCUAGUCAUCCCAGCGCUCUCUCGAGCUCAGAACCCGCGCUCGCCAUCUAUGAGGCCCAUAUGAGGUCCGGUCACCUGCCACUGCCAUCCUGUAAGCUGUCAAACAGGCCCCCCAUCUCCCAGAUACCCCACGCCUGUCACAGCCCCCCUGUACGGUAGCAGUUGCAGUACUAGUCUAGUAGCAGAUGGAGUUCCUCGAGUCAGAGUCAGGGAGCAGUGAGCCACACAAAGGGAAUGCGCCGAGUC